AGGUUGAAGCGCCAAAAAACUCCGCCAAAAAGAACAAUACUUCUUCACCCGUGCCACAUACCAUGGAACGUGAGAAAAUAUCUGAUUGCCAAACGGAAGAACAAAAGGAAAGGAAAUACUUGUAAAAGAUAAUACUUCCAUGGUGCGUUGAAGGGAAAUUUGAUUCUGUUUUAUCAGAAAUACGAAGACUUGUUGGACAUUCAAUAUACUGAUACUGCAAAAAAAACAUUGACUAUUCAGCUAUCAGAAACCAUCGUGAAUGCGAUUGAAAUUGAAAUUAGAUUACGGUUGUACCAGUGUAUUGGCAUUUGAGUCAGAGAUAAACAUAAAUAAAUGGCAAAUUUGAGCCGAGGCUAUUAAGGACAAUGAAUAAAUCAAAAGUGAAAACAUUAAGGUAUUAAGAAAUGUGAUACACGCUCAUAUUCUGAUUGCAUUGUCUUCAUUGAAAGUCAAUUAGUUCUACCUUAAGAAAAACAGCUAUGUUUGGAUACAAUCCAGUUUCUAGUUUUAAAAAGCGAUCUGUUUAUAAAACAGAAUUUGAUAUUUUCAAACGUAGUACCGAAAUUGACUUGAUCAGUUUGGUUAGUUAUGACGACGAUCCCCCAAACACAUUUUACAAGGCAAGAACACAGAGGAGAGAAAGACCGAAAACUGUUCAGGAUCGGAGAUACAGGCCUCCCACCACAUACAGAGCGAACAAUUACAACAAAAGCGCUGUAGGUACACGCUCUGUAAGACAGAAUAGUGAAAGAAAGCAGCAAUCAAAGAGUGCGAUUCAAACAUCAAGACAAACGUCAGUUCAUAAAAAGUCGGAAGAAAAUGUGAACACAACCACCUACCCGAGGUCAAGAAAAGAGACUGAUAUUUAUAGAGACUUUGCGAAAACCUCAAGAUCUUUCCUCAAACGAAAACCCCAGAGCGCUACAGACAAACGGACGUUCACGGAAAAACAGCGGCAGUGCCAGAGCGCUUUAGGAUAUCAGGAUGAAAAUGAUGUGAUCGUGUCGGGGCCACAAAGAUGUAGUACCACAUGUGGUUAUCGCCAUGGUGAAAGGCAUGCAUACGAGCACUUAAAAACAAAAAGCCAAAAUAAUCCUAAUAUUUGCAUUGAUAAAAAGACAAGCAAGUUUAAUCCAAGUGUCAACACAAAUUUGGUGACACCUGUAAACAAAGCGUCGCGAUCUACAAACGCCAGUUGUAAACCGGAAAAUAUUCAGCUAACGAAAUCAAAUGAUACUGGAUUAGAUCAGUCGAAUGUAACAGAUGAAGAUAUAGAUGAAUUUUCAAAUAUACUAGGUGAAGACACGGAUAAUGAUUAUGAACCUCUUAAUCAGUCACUUAAUUAUCAGGACAAUCACAAUAUAACAACGAUUAUUGUUUGUGAAGACCAAAACUCGAAAACAACAAACACAGUGAAACAAACGAUAAACAGUGUUUCCAUUUCGGAAGGCUCGCACUCAGUUUGGACUAAUGAGCAUAUGUUUUCAUCAACACCAGUACAAGACUUUACCACAGGAAAUCCUGUAGUAUCUGACAUUUUCGACUCUAAAGACAGUGGUGUAUGUAGUAAUUUCACAUCAAUUGAUUCGGUUAAAAGUGUUGUGAAUAAAACUGAGGAGCUACAGAAGAACGCGGAUGGUACAAGGCAUGUACAGUUUGAAGUUUUUGGAACCGACAAAAAUGUUGACAUAGAAACAGUGAGUAGUAAUUUUGAUGAGCAAUCUGUCGACAUUUCCAAAGAGGUAAAUGAGACAGCUUACGAUGUAGAUAAUUUAUUUCAGGAUUUGGAAAGGGUCGGCAAUCAUAGCAGAUUUUCUACUGCAAGUUUCGAAUGCCAUAGUACACAUAUCGGUGAAGAUAAUAAUUCAUUAAUAUCUGAACGCAUUCAACAGCGCUUUUUAAAACAGGUAACACUUAGAGAUAAUAAGAAAGAAAGCGAUUCUGUCAACGAUAAAACUUUAACCUCAAGCAGCUCGGAAGACUUUCUUGAAGAAAAAGCCAUGUCAAAAGAAGCCCGUCACGCAAUUUUGGAAACCUUAAAUGACAUGGGUGUGAAAACAACGAAGAGAAAUAAAGAGAACAAAUCGGUGAAUAACAAAUCAGUCAAUAGUUAUCACAAAAGUGUGCCUUCUCAGAGACGUAUGAAGGAUAACAGAAGUAAAUACGACCAUUUCAUGCGUGAGCAUUCGAGGUCAGUGCUUCGAAACCAGUUCAAAUCUUUGGACAGCCUCGGGAAUGAUGAGAACAGUUCCCAGUACUCUUCACCAACAUUUGCAAAAGAAUGUGACGACUCUUCAAGUGAAGAGUUGGAUAAAAAGAAGUUAUUCCCCUCUCUUAGGGAGAAUACAAAACUUAGCCGAACAACCGUUCAAUCAAACCCGGUGAAAACAAAAAUCUACAACUUGGAACAAGCAAAGAAGAAAAAUUUCAAAAUUCCUGGAAUCGGAAAUUACAAAAUUCCAGCCAAUCCGGACGAUUUUGAAAUAACACCGCCAGGAUUUGAUAGUAGGUACAGUCAAAGGCCAUCAUUUAUUUCAAAAGAGGAGAUGGAGGUACCGCCACAGUUUAUUCGAGAAAGAUCCAUACAAAAGUGUCAAAGCUGGUUGACUAAUGUGAAUAUGUCGCCGAUGGCAUUAAAGCCAAUUAAAAAACCAAAGAAAGAACACUCUUGAGAAUUUGACUGAAUGAAGUGAGAGAAGAUUUUUCAUAUCGUCCAUUUCCUUCAAGCGUUUAAAAAAUAGUUGACCCGAUUGUUUAGAACUUCAUUACAAUUAACAACAUCAUCGUUAACAUUUCAAGGUGACCUAUUAAACGAUGUGCUCAUAUAUUGAGAAAAUGUCUCAGUAUUUAUAAGCAGUACUACAUUAUGGCAAUGAAUAUUCAACAGUAGUAGUGAUUUGAAUGUUAACGAUAAUGUUAACAACGAUAAUGUUGACAACGAUAAUGUUAACAACGAUAAUGUUGACAACGAUAAUGUUGACAACGAUAAUGUUAACAACGAUAAUGUUGACAACGAUAAUGUUAACAACGUUGUUAACUUUCAUAAAGUUCUCAACAGUAUAUCUUAUGUAUAAAAGUUCUGAACAAUCGGUCUUAUGUAUAUACGUUCAUUUGACGAGCAAUAGACGUAAGGAUUUCUGACAAAUGGUACGUCACAUAUUUGACUCGUCGAGUCUGACACGGACAAUCUAAAUACAUUUGAUGAGUUGCAAUUACUGAUUGUGAGAACGUUCUAGUGUCGACAAUCAAAAUACAUUUGAUGAGUUGCAAUUACUGAUAGUAAGAAUGCUCUAGUGUCGACAACCACAAAUUAAUGACUGGUAUGUGCCAUAUAGUAGAACCUGUAUCAGCACCAUUUCUUGAUGAAUGCCUUGUACGCCAAUGUACAGUGUAUCGUUAUUUGUUAUAUUUAAUGUGUUUUUCUACCUUUCUUUGUACAAAGAAACUUUUAUUUAUUUAAGUUAUAUAUUUUUAUCAAGAUUGAUCAUGUUUCUAGUCUUACGGUUUUUAUAAUAUGUAUCUUUAUAGUAUUUAUAGAAUAAACAAAAUGUUGCGGCAUGCAUUCGACAUUAAAAUUGCUGUUUUUAAGACAAUAUCAUUUUGUUUUAUUUGUGUAUAUGUUGCAUAAGAACUUAUAUUUCAAAUUCGUUCAUGAAAAUGUCUAUUGAAUUAUGCUAUACGAGAGAAGAUCUGAUAAGUAUGCUUAAAUCUAUUAUUGUUUUGUAUUUUAAAAACAUAAGGUAAAUAUUUUAUUAUUUAAUUUACUAAACAAAUUAUGUGACAGUCACAUUAAAUCAUACGACAGGCAGCUCAACCUUGUAAUUAAACAUUGGUUGUUUUGUUUAAACAAAAUGGCCCGUAUAAUAGGUCACAAGUUGAAUGAGAAAAGAGCCACCUUGGCUUGACACUUGAAUGGUUUAGCGUUACCUAAUACGUUUUAAUCUCUGGAUUAUCAUUGUGAACAUUACG